AUGGUUGGAUUUGGGACAAAAUACCCAACUCAAGUGCACCACAGAGCAGCAUCCAUUGUCUCCAUCAAGAAAGAUGCAGCUCCAGUUUCGUGCAAAGGUGGCUCGACUCAUGGUUCAACAACUCACCAAACCCUAAUGUACUGGGAUGGAGCAAUGUCGGAGGCCCGGAUGAGAAUGAUGCUUACACAGAUUCAAGAUCAAUCUACCAAAUGGCUGAACCAGCAACUGUUUCCACAGCUCCACUUAAAUUUUUUUGUGUGUAAGCCCCAAGUAAAAGACUGA